UGGAUUCGGAUUUAACCUUCCAGGAUAAUUCGCGGAGUCACGUCGGAUUCUGCUCGUGGAGCGUUGAGUGGAGCGGAUUUAUCAGGAAUUAGUGACUCGGCCUCCGGAAGCGGAAAUUGAAUCCUGCGGUUGGCUUUCCCCGUGGACUCCGGUUCCCCGGUUCCCCGGUUCCCCGGUUACCCGGCGACGGACUCAGACCGCUUCGGAACGCGCAAGAUGAUCGGUCGCGGGUUGCUGGGGAUCUUUUUGGCUCUUCACCUGGGAUCGACUCGAGAUCCGGAGACCGGUGGAUUGGAAGAGGGCCGAAUUUUGAGGAAAGAUGGGGGAGAUGGACGGUUUCAUCGUGGACUUGGAUCCACCACCGAAAAACUGGAGACGAAAGAAGAAAUCGUACCGAGGAAUAAUCGGGACGAGAACGGGGAGACGAAUAUUUGUCCAUCCUCGAGUCUGCCUUGCGUCUCCUUCUGCUGCCCACCGGGACACUUCCUCAGGGACCGAAAGUGCAACCAGGACGGGAAUCGCAGCAUCCCUUUGCCCGCGGUGUACGAAGACGACCUGCGGGUAUCGAACCUCGCGUUUAACGAGGAGAACUUCCUCUUCGUGGUGUGGGACCCUUGUCAAGGUGGCGAGCGGUACCCGCUGUACUCUCACGAGUAUCCCGAGGAGAGAUUCUUCCUCCUGAAGAACGGCUCCGUCGUCACGCCGUUCCUGAAGAACGCCGAGGUGCUCCUCUUCGCGCAAUACUGUCUGACGAGGUUACCGGAGGUCGAGGAGUACCUCGUCCUCUUCUGCUACCACAAGGUGGUUGGCAUGGAAGCGGAAGACCCCGACGACAAGCCCACGUUUUACCCCGUUGGAAUGAUCAUCUCCGUACCCUUUCUCGUCGCCACCUUUGUCAUCUACGCGAUCCUGCCGGAGCUUCGGAAUCUUCAUGGACUUACUCUUCGGGGAUACGUGGGCUCUUUGGCUGUGGCCUAUGCCAACCUGACCGUCGUACAGAUCUCUUCGGGGAACAUGCCCGACUCCACUUGCAUCGCCCUCGCGUUCAUCAUCCACUUCUCCUUCCUGGCGAGCUUCUUCUGGCUGAACGUCAUGUGCUUCGACAUUUGGUGGACCUUCGGGGGCUUCCGGUCUCUGCAGGGCAGCGCAAAGCAGCGAGAAAAAAAGAAAUUCAUCAUGUACUCGAUUUACGCCUGGGGAUGCGCCACCUUGCUAACCGCAGUGUGCAUGGUAAUGGAUCUGGUGCCCGGCAUCCCCAAGCAUUAUAUUCGCCCUGAAUUUGGCGUCGGUAGCUGCUGGUAUUACACUAACAUGGCCAGGGCGAUAUACUUCUAUGGACCCAUGGGCGUCACGGUGGCCUGCAAUAUUUGUCUCUUCGUCUCGACGGCGAUCAAAAUAGUUCGCCACAAGAAGGACACUGCCCAUCACCUGAAGGGCUCCGACAGCAGGAGACACGAUGACAAUAAACAAUGGUUCAAUCUCUAUUUGAAACUCUUCAUCGUGAUGGGCAUCAGCUGGUCCAUGGAAAUCAUCUCCUGGCUGUUCGAGGAGUCCUCGCCGAAGUACAUCUGGUACGUCUCCGAUAUCGGGAAUACUUUGCAGGGGGUCAUCAUCUUCGUCAUCUUCGUCUGGAAGAGCAAAAUCAAGAGGCUUCUGCUUAAGCGAUUCGGAUGUCAAGAUCGCAACUUUUUGUCAAGGGAGUCCACGAGAAGCGCUUACAACAGCUCGUCUCGAACCUGCACGACUUCGGCCCCGCUGCAGGAGAAGGCCAAUCCUUACGUCGAUGCGAAUUUCAGGCAAAAGACCACGUCGGAAGACAGCGACGACGUUUAAUCCAGAAGCCCGCGAGAGGAGAAGGGGAGCGAAGCCUGGCGGUCUCGGCAGUCCGAGUUGAGAAGUUUUUUCUGCCAACCCGUGGAGGGAUUUUUCGAGCCGAUUUUCAUACGUUUAGCUCCUGCGUAUCUCCGUUAAGGGAACAAAAGGCAGUUUUUGUCGAAGCUAGAAUCGUACAAUUCGUGCACGUAACUCGGUUUCGUUUUAUACGUGUCGAAAUGGAAAAGAAAAGUCUUGAGCGCGAUGGAGCGAGAUCUUAGCGAGGCGUGUCCAGAGUCUUUUAUGGUAUUCCAUGAUGUCUAAGUACUUACCUGUAUAUGUAUCGUUAUUUAAGUGUUUUAACUCGUAAAGACAAAGGAGUCAUCGAGGAACCCAUCGAUCUCGGGAAUGUCGCUAGAACGUGCACGAAAAAUCAAAUCUCUCCGGUUUAGUUUCGAUAGAAGUAACUAUCUCUCGAUACGGCCUCACUUGAUCAAUUUCGUAAUGAUUGUGAUAGGAUGUUGAUAUUGUACGGAAUUUUAUAUCGACGCGUCUCCACUAUUUUGUUAAGAGAGGUAAAAUAUUUUGUUAGUUUCCGGGAGAAAAAACGCAUCGUUGCCAUUAUCGUGCAAGUAAAUAUUCCACGCCGUUCAGUGAAUCGCGGAAAGAAUUUACGCACGGCCGGAACAUGAUAAUGCGUAUCGUCCUAAACAUUAGUGUCUCGUUAAACUAUUGUUUCAAGUCGAACAAAGCCACUAUUCUCUAGUCAAAUUGAUUACGCGUAGAAAUGGCGUGACCAAAACCCGAAGUACCGGAAAUACAGCGAUCGUCGGAGAAUGUUAUAAUAUAGUGCAUCAGAUUUUGACGAUUCCAUAGAUGUUAAACGUUAGAUUUAAUGUACUCGUCCGCGCACCUUUAAGCGCGGGUACAGAUCUAGGUACCCGUACGAAUUUUCUCUCUACUUCUUUUUAAACCCUUCCGCGACUUUAGACGAUGACUGCUUCGUCGAAAAGUACAAAGAGUUCGGAAGCGUAAAAUGGCGGAUGUCGCACGCUUGUACAUCGUAAUGGCACCGUUUUAAUGCAUAACCGAAGUGUCUUGGUCGAAGAUGCGUUUGAGUGUCCAUAUCCAACUCACUAGAGAUAAAGAGAUAUUCUUCUAAAGUGAACUCAAAGUAAACGUAUACUAUACCGCGGGCAAAAUGUCGGCGACAAUUGCUUAAGUUCUUGUCGGUUUGACGUCCGCUACGCGAAUAAACGAAAAGGAAGUGUACGUAGAGUAGA